CUGUCAACACGCCCGCACCACUCUCCGCGUACUCGCGCUGCGCUGUUCGAGAAGAUGGGAUUUUAAUCGGAAACGCGUGGACGCGCGGGCUUCACGUCGAGCUGUCAUUUAAUUCGCGAUUGAAUAACCAGUUUUCACGCUGCUGCUCGUAGUGCGGUCAAAACACCAAAGUUAACGACGUGGAGGAGGAGCGCGAGGCAUCGCUCGGCAGAAUGGACACUGGGAUCUCGUAGCGAAACGCCAAUUGAAACGCACGAGACCGAGGGCAGGGUGCGAUAGAGAGACGGAGACAGAAAGCGAGAGAGAGGAAGAGGGAGAUAGGGAAAGCGAGAAAGCGUGAGAGAGCGAGACGGAGCGGGCGAAGCUGACGAAAGGAAGAACGGAAAGUGCGGACGCAGACGCUGGAAAGGCAGCAAGUAGAGUUGUAAAGUACGCGUCCGUAACAGAGUGCUCGUCUCGGCAAGCUGGAAAACACGCAGUUUCCCAGCGGGAAAAAAAUGAGAACGUUCUCUUCGUAAUUGUGGAACCACAGGAGGAGGAUUUAGACGCGUCGCUCAAGAGGGUGGGAAAUGUACGGCGCCGAGAGGGAGGAGGUGUCCGAAAGUUGGUUACACACGUAUGAUUUGAGCAGCACGAUGAUUCCCAACGUGAGCACGGCGCUCGACGAUGAGGAGCACUUCUGCAAGCUCAUUCUAUACAAGGAGAUUAGAGAUUCCAGGGUACGAAUAUGGGACGUCGUCAUCUUAGUGCCGAAUCUCUUGUUCCUCCUGUUCAUCGCCAUGCGAUUCAACAGAGCGAGGCUUAAAUUGCGCGCAACGAGUAGUCCGAUAUUCUUAGCGUUUUACGGUCUCGUCAUUUGUAACGUUGUGAUAUCGGUGGUGCGCUGUGUAGUGUCCAUGACGGUGAACGCGGCGGCAACAGUCGGCGGUAAGGCCGACAAGGUGCUUUGGGUCACAGUUAGAUUUUUUCUACUAUCCACCGAGAUGAGCGUAGUUAUAUUCGGUUUGGCGUUCGGCCACUUGGACAGUCGCUCCAGCAUUCGCAGAGUAUUGCUCGCUACGUCGCUCAUAGCCUUGGCAUUCACGAUUACUCAAGGAACGCUAGAGUUAGUCUUGCCGGAUGAUACGUUUCACAUUCCCAGCAGGGACUUCUACGUGUUCGGUCACGGUGGAAUGAUGUUUUGGUUUUGCAGCAGUCUCGUUUUUACCACGAUAUAUCUUUUUAUAUUGAUACUGCCAUGGACACGGUUGCGGGACCGUCUAGCCCUUCCUACACGGAAAAGCUUUUACGUUUAUGCCGGAACGUUAGCGACGUUGGAUCUAGUGCAGUCGAUCGGCGCUGGUUUCUUAAACUACACGCAGAAUCCAGUGGGCCUGUGCAUCGUGGAUAUCACCGCAGCAGUGUAUCUAACUCUUUUUACUCCUUUGGUUUACCAUACAUUCCUGUCGGAAUUCUUCGGGGUUUCGCAACCGUCGAUAAUGUUCUCUUACAAGGCGCAAGUGGACGACGCAAUGGACGAAGACACGGUGUCGUUACCGCAUCAACAGAGUUUCUCGUCCUUGAAAACCGACAGCGAUUACAUCUAUCAGAAUCACAGUGUUUAUGACUCGACCCAAUUCGACACGAACGCUACGCCGAUCAACCCGCUCUAUGCGGCAUCGCUGCAAAGUCCAGAUAGUAUUACCGGUUACAGUAUAGACAGUCAAGAAACGCAGAACCCGCCGAAUGGCUACCAACAAUGAACCGUCGUAAAUGUCGGCGCGGUGUGCGUGAAACGAAAGAACCACGAGCGAAACUGGAUAUGAACGAUUAUCCAACGAUCAAGUCGCAAUUCUGCAAAGAGCUUCGUGAGAUCCUCCCUGUGAAGGAGGAUCAGGAGAAUCUGGUAUUCUCCUGCUCGGCUAAAAGUGAAGGGGAAAAAUCUGAAUCGGCAACAGAGUAGCUCUGGUCGCUGUGAGCCUGUCGAAGGAUUCUAGUCGCUCUUGAAUACUUUAGGGCCGUAAUACACAAUACGAAUGCUUUCGGUCUCCAUGUGAUAGUUGGCGUGCCCAACGUGAUUGCGAAACGCUGGGAGAAACCGUAAAGAGCAAAAAAAAAGAAACAAAAAGAGAAGAGAAGAGCUCAUUAUCUCUGUAUGAUUUUUAGUUCGCUUUACUUAGGACAUUUCCGCGAGAAGCAAUUAGAGAUCAAUAUCGAUUCGUGUUAGUUUUGUACUUACAUCGAUCGUAGUAGGUCGUCGAGAGAUUCUUGUUGCACACGAGAAUAGAAUUUCUUUUCGCCGUUAAGUAUAUUUAUUAGCGUCACGCGCAUUUGUCCGGGAAGUACGAGAUGUAUAGGUCGUCCCAAAACUCGCGUGCCCUCUCUCUCUCUCUCUCUCUCUUUCUCUGGAAAUUCUCACUCGUCGAAGAAAUUUCUGUUUGGGUGAAGUUUAGUCGAGCCGAAUCUCGAGAAGGACGGGACCACUUCGAGGAACUUCCCGUCGAAUAGCAACGAGAGAGCCGUCGAGAAUCAUCGAGAGAGAUCCUCUCCACCGUUCUGCGUGCGUCGAAUCUACCUGACGCUUCAAGCGCGAUAAGGGGGAGACGUCCGUACGCAACCUUUUGGGACAUCCUACAUAUCAAGUGCGAUAAUCAUCCGCGCGGCACAUUAUUUUCGUGUCGUAUUGUUUUGUAUCGUGAAUUGCGGGGCCGUCGUGUCCCGGUGGAUUCCUAACAAGCGAGAGAGAGAGAGAGAGAGAGAGAGAGAGAGAGAGAAAGAAAGAGAGACAAACAACUUAGAGAUUUAACUUUUGGAAAACUUGCUUAUCGUUUCUCCGUCCUUCUCAUUAAAGUGGACGUCGUGCCGCACGAAGGUCCGCCCGACUGCGCGCGAAGCGGCAAGCCGGACACUCGCUAUUUUCCUACUUUUGCAUCGAAAAUCAUUAGGUCGAUUAAGGACAAUAGGAGUCAUUAAGAUAAUAAAUGUCGCGCAGAGAUAGGGACAAGUUAGACUCUUAAGCGGGGCGGGGCGAGAUGGCGUGAGGGGUGAACUCUCUCUCUCUUCAGAAUGCUCCAAUAAUUAUUACGAAGACUCCAUCCAUGGUGUAUAUACAUGAUCUGUACUCUAGUGUGUAAAAGGGAGCGUACUAUUUAUAUAUAUAUAUUAAUAUAUACAUAUAUAUACAUACCGCGCGCGCGCGCGUGUAUAUAUAUACAUGUAAAUAUUUAUUUAUCGAUAUUAUAUACGUAUCUAUGCGUAAGCGUAUCGUCAUUGAAUUCUGGCGAAUUCCGGCGGGUCCUACGACACCAACUCCUGCGUCUUUCAAAUCAAUCAACGGAUGCUCAUCGGUAGCGCGCAGGAGGGAAGAUGAAAGAAAAAAAAAAAAACGAAGGUUAGGUGAAAAAUUAGUGGUUUAGGGUGUUCUCGAAGACGCGUCUCACGAGGUUGUAACGUAGACAUUUCUCCUCCUCCCCCGUUCUCUCUCCAACGCGAGAGAAAAGAAACGGUGAGAAAGGGGAAGAGUUGGGAGCGAGGGAAGCUAGUAGUGACGUAACUACUGUGUAUUUUCUAGUGUUAAUCCACUCGAAUCUUGUAUAUAAAUUUAUGCGAUACGAAACGGUAUGCAUGGAACGAUGUUAACACGACGAGUCUCUCUGUCAAUUUGCAAUUGCUUUUUACCAUCUCCGCGAAAUACUCACCCUGCACUCUCCUCCCACGAACGUUAUCCGCGAUCGUCUUACCAUGUGAUUCUUUUGUAAGCAUCGAGUGCAGUGUAUAAGGCAAUAUUGUGACCGCGUAAUGCAACUAUAUUUAAUUAAGAAGAGGAGGAGGGAAGAUGAAAUAAAUUGCAUUUCAAUGUA